CGCAGUUUCCUUGCUACGGGGCCGUUUAAGAGUUUGGAUACUAUCAAUGGAGGAGAUGGAAUAUCUGUCUCAGAAGGUAUUAAACCCAUCUGUUGCUGAGACUGUUCAUGAAAUCUCUGUAUCAUGUACUCAUGUAACUUGCUAUGGAAAUAUAGUGCCUUACUCAACUGAUGAUAACAGCAACCCUAAUUCCAUACAGUCCAGAAGUUGUUCAUUGCAUUCUACAGCUGAUGCUAAGAUGGGCUUUGAAGAACCUAGCAAAACAGUAAAUGGAGAAAAGCAUUCAAGCAUUUGGAGGCUCUCUGAAGUGACCUGUCAAAGAAAGGAAGAAACAGCAAGAGCUACAACUGGACCAGCAGAAAGCAAAUGCUUAAGGAAUACAUAUAUUUCAGGAUUAAAUAAUGAACUACAUAGAGAAUGUAUCGUCCCUGAGACUCAAAAACUCAAAGAUGUUGUAAACUGGACAGAAUUGUUUCUUGAUCAGUCUCCCGUUGGGGAUAGCAUACAGGAAAGUAGACAGUCUGUCUUGGAUCAUUGCAUACUAAAAAAGAUGGUUCAAAAUAGCAGGGGCAAAGCUAGCAUAAAUAAAAGGCCUGACACUUUUGAUCUGAAGCUAUUACAUGCCAAUAUUUUAAGCAGUUCUGUAAUCUUUGAAAAUAGUUCAGAGAAUUUUGAACAAGAAACUCCUGGGACCUUGGUAAAUAAUAAUACUUUAUGUCCUCCCAGCAUAAUUUUAAAUUCUGUCCAGGCAGCUAAGCAUGGAAAUGAAAGACCAGAUAUUAUAAUUUCCACCAAGAUUUGGGAGGAAUGUAUAGUAAAUAAUUCCAAGCAUAGCACUACAAGAGAAACCAAUUUGCAGAACAUUCAUCUUGCAUCCAACAGAGAUGAUUCAUGUAUUCCUCUAAGGGAUUUGCAUAAAAAUGAAAGCUAUUUUUGGGCUCCUCUCAGUGACAGUUCAGAUGAAGAGUGGACAGAUACAAAGAAAAAUAAUUUAAAGUGGCCAACUGUAGACAGCAAAAAACACAAAAACCUUGCUGACAGUGCUAAUUUUGACAAUCCAGCUAAUAUGAAAUAUUUCAGUUUAUCAAUGCCAGAAGACAAAUUUGCCUUAAAAAUAAUGCCUGACAGUUGUGAAAAGUGGAAUCCAGGAACAGGGAUCUUGGAGAUUCAAGAAUAUAAGUGCAAGAAUUUUACACAGACCCCAAAACAUGAAGACUUCAGUGGAACACAGAAUGCCAUAAAAAGCAACUGUGAAGAGACUAAAAAUGGAAAUAUCGAUUUUCAUUCCAAGUCUAUAAUGAAAAAGGAUAUGUUGAGGGAUCACAUGUCAGAUAUUCAACCUCUAAAGAGAUCCUCAAACCAGAGAAAUGAACCUAAAUUAGAACAAAUGCUGAUGGACAAAAUCUUUAAAGGGAGGAAAAAUACUAGAGAACAGGAAGUUAGUUUUAACAAAACUAGUUGCAAUAGAGACCAAAAAGAAGCAGAAUUAAUAUCUCCAUUGGAAUAUCCAGUUAUGCAAAUUAAGAGCAGCUCUGUGAGUUCAUUACUGAAGCCUUCAGAAAAUAAUAUUGAUAAAAUGGGCUCAGACUCUUUGAAUCUCAGUCAUAAAAACACAAAUAAGAGCAACAGUGACUAUGUUUUGCUAGUUGGGCUGCCCCAGAUCAGUGAUGACAAGGUAGCACAUAAGCUCUCCAAAUAUGAGCCAGGCUCUAUAAAUGAUAAUAUUUCUGUAACUGGUCUCAAAUCAGCAGAUGGUGCUGAAGAGUUCCUCAUUACAACAGUUAAAGGAGAUGGUCAUGAGAAGCUACUUUGCAACAAUACAUUCCCAUUAGAUUUCAGCCACAGUGAUAGUGUUUUGGCUAAAUAUUAUUUUUAUUUGAACUAUCUCAAUAAGUCCAAAAGAUUCCAGAGUGAAAAUGCCAGUCAUUUGUUUUUUUGUCAAGAACAUGAAUUUUUCAAGGAAGCAUAUCAUACUGGACCCUAUUAUUGUAAGAAUGAUAGCAUGUACGAGGAGCAGAUUGAUGAAAAUAUGAAUAAUCUGGGAAUUUCUGAAGGCAAUAAAAGGACUCAGAUUAUCAAACAGCAAAAUCAUUUUGAAGAACAAGUGUUGAAGCCUCUGUUUGCAAGUAGCAGCCCCACAGAAAGACAAAUGGGGAGAACAGGCAGUUUGAAAGACCAGGAAGUUUUUGAAAGCAGGAAAAUAAGCACAAAACGGGCUGGUCCUAAGAAGCAUUGGGAAAGAGCCAGCAUUUCACGCUCGUCUUACACACAGAGAAAACUGAAGCCAAGAUCACAAUGUGUCCAAAGACCUGCAACAGGCAAGAAGUUAAUAAAGAAGAGCAACUCUCAGAGCCAUCCAUCUUCAGGGACAGAAUCUAGGCAGCAGUAUGAAAAUGCUCCUCAAAGUUAUAACAAAUUAAACAUGAAAAGGUACAGGGACUGCAACCUUGUACCAUGGCUGCUGCUUCCUGAUGAAUUGUGGCUUUGUAUCUUUUCCCUGUUGACUCAUAAAGAUAUUUCUCGGAUUUCCCAGGUCUGUUGUCACUUUUAUCAACUAGCAGGAGAUAAGUCCUUCUGGAAGAAGAUUCAGCUUAAAAAUUGCCACUGCUUGAAUGAUGAUUGGUUGAUUAGUUUAGGGAAACACCACCCUGAGUGUUUCACUCUUGAUCAUUGCCAUGAUAAAGAACAGAGAAUUUCUGAGGUUGGGCUAAAGCAAUUCUUCCAGUACUGUGAAGGAUCUCUCAAGGAACUGAAUAUAAAAAACUGCAGUGGUUCUGGAUUUAAAGGGGACAGAGUUCUACUUAAUGCAAGCACCUUUUGCCAUAACUUGGCAGUUGUAGAUAUAAGUUGGACAGGAGCUACUGAUUUAGGACUCAUUGCCCUAGUAGAAGCUUCUAGAAGUUUACAGUGUUUUUCUGCUAAUGGAUGCCAGAUUACCAAUGAUUCAGUAAUUGCCUUGAUUGGAAAGCAUGGAAAAAGCCUUAAGAAACUGGAAAUAUUUGGCUGUCAUGCUGUUACUGACAAAUGCUUGAAAUCAAUUGCUAUGAAGUGUCCAAGUCUAGAGUUUCUGAAUAUUGGCAGAAUUCACAGGAUCACUCAGGACUGUUUGGUGAAACUGGUAAACUCUUUGCAAAAACUAACUAGUCUCAAUGUCACAGGCCUUGAAAUGAUGGGGGAUCGUCUAGUACAUUGUAUUCUGAUGAAGUGUCCUAAACUGGAAUGUUUGGUUCUCAAUUCAUGUGCUCACAUAACUGACAUCAGUCUAAUUGAAAUUAGCACUUACUUGCCAAUGAUCAGGUACCUUGAUGUUAAUGGAUGUAAAGAUGUGACUGAUAUUGGAGUUCAAGCUUUGGCGGGGAAUUGCCAUAAACUUUCUUACCUUGAUUUGAGUUCCACAGCAACAAGCAAAAGAGGGGUUUGUUUGUUGGCUAAUUUCUGCUUUAGUACCCUAGAAUGUCUGAAGCUUAGUUUCUGCAGGAAUAUCUCUGUAGAUGCAGUUGCAAAACUAUGUAAAAACUGCAAAAGAUUGAGAAUGCUUCAUUUAUAUGGUUGCCGCUUUAUACCUGAUUUGGAAUCCAUUAAAAAAGUUAAUAAAACUGUUAAAAUAUUUCAUGACCUGCCAUGCAACUGUGAAGUUGUUAUCUGAGUGAGCGCUCUGUCAAAUCUUUCAGCAAUUGCCUAAUGAAUACUUCAGAGUUUGACUAAGAUUUUUUUUAUGUGGCCAAAAUGGAGAAACUUACCUUUCUCAGAUACUUCCUAUUUGUGUUACUUUCUCUGUCAUCUGUGGAAUAGUCAAAAUGAAGAAAAUCUUGUUAGAGCUGUUUUCAAAAGAUAUUUUCAAAUUAUGUUAAAACAUAAGACAUUUAGAAGGAAUGACAAUGUAUAUGAAAAAUGAGUUAUAUAUACCUAUUCAAACUUGUCCAC